AAAAAACAUUUCCGGAGAAUGAAAAGAGUGGCAACAACGGUGAAGGAAGAUAAACGGAAGAUGCUAAAAGUAGAAGCAUUGGAGAGAGUUGAGCCUGAAGAUGAGACAGCUAAACUCCCGCGUGGCUACACUGAAUCCGAUGCUGAGAGUGAGGAGGAUGAUACUCUCUUUACAGGCAUGAAGGAUGGAAAGCUCCUUGUGCGCGGGAAGACGCUCGAGCAGAGAUUGGCAAAAUUCGUCAUGGAGGACAAUAUCUCUGUGUCCAGCACAAAGAAGAUGCUUCACAUUCUCCGGGAGUAUGGGCAUGAGGAUUUGCCAACGAGUAAGACAACCCUCAUAAAGGAUAACAUUGAUUUCUCCAGUGAGGUCAUGAAGGUCGUCAAAGGCAUUGAGAAGACACUCAAGGCUAAGCUGGACUUUGUCAUGGAUCAAGCGACGAGACUCGAAUCAAGCCUAAUGCUUCCGGAUGAGGCAGUUGAGACGGCAAACUACCGUCAUUGGUCCAUAAAUGACAAAGUGGGCAACACUCACAUCUUCCCCAUCGCCUCCAGGGAGCAUUUUGAGAAGAUUGAUUCGAUGUUUGACUCAGAUUCAGUUCUGGUUCGUCAAGUCAGGGACACAAUCCUGGCCUUCCCGACUGACUGGAUGCGUCUCCUGGUGGCUGAUGAUGUUCUCUGCCAGUUCACCAUCUCCCGUUCCACAGAUCGCCGUACAAUCUUCUCCUUCAAACUCUUUCAGUAUGCACAGAAGUUGACCAACUACCACGAUGUGGUGCAUCAGUUUAAGAUUGCCCGGGACAGGUACACUAAGCGUGUGGCCAGGAAGAAGAAGCUCGAUGAGCAACAGAGAUCAGUGGAGAACACAAUGACUCCGAAGCAGGAGUUAGAUGAUGUAGAUGAAGAGACUGAGUCCGUUUGACCGCCGCUCACACUAAAUUCCACAAAAAAAUUCAACAACAAACAACUUUGAAAAAAA